GCUUUGUCCCGCCGACGAUAGAGGACGUGCUCGAUUCGGCGUACCGGAAUACCGUAUGUAGAAGAUGCGGCGAUGUAUGGAUACACUUGCGUAGCUUUCCACGAAUCAGAUGGAUGUGAUUAUUCACGUUAUCCAACUUUCGAUUCCUAUAUAGGAUAAUUAUCAUAUUUCUUUGAGGAGCAUUGUUAAUACGAACAGAUCGGAGCUUGGUUGGCUGAUGACCCAUAGAUUUUUAAUUCAGCAUCAAGAUUAUACGUCAUUUCCAUCAGCGACAUCGUGGAAAUUAGUAAUAUUAGCUUCACAGUAAUAUUGUCAGACGAUAAAUUAUUGAAAUAGAAUCGAUAUAAGGAAGCGUCAAACUACAAAUGGAUUAGAGAACUGCUGGGAUCAACACUAAUCUGUUACCUUUUGUUUGUACUGCAUAUUGUGUCAGUAUAUUAUUUGGAUAGAACUGUUUGAAGUGAUCAACAGAAGAAUAUUAUUGAUUUAGCGUUACAAAAGAAGAAUCUACUACUCUCAAUAAUUUUUCACAUAAGUGACCGUUAGUAUACCAGGACAAAAUCAGUGAUGGCGAGGAAAAUGGCAUCGAUGAGUUGUCAAUUUUACUUGACAGUGGUCUUUCUUCUGGUGCUCAUUGCAGUCCAGUGUACGUGUAAUCUUCUAGAUGACAUGGAAAUGGCAAGAUACAACCAAGAAUAUAAGAGGAGCAGAGUAGGAUGCAAAGGGUGUACCAACAUGUCCUGUGUGCGGACAUGCACAAUGGGCCGAAAGCGAUCAUUCAGUCUAGAACCAGAAGAUCAUGAAACAGUAUCAAAGGAUGAGUACACGCCUCGAAUCAGCAGCCAAACCUGUCUUCUAGAUUCUGUAUUUGAGUCGCUGUCAGAAGAAGGAAGAGAUCGAGUAAUGAAGGCCCUCCUUGAGUCAGAAUGACACCAUCUUGAGCAUCGGACAUCAAGGAAGACAUCAGUUAGUCCUGUCACAGGAAGAGGAUCAUUUUUGCAACUCAUUUUUGAUUGACAAAGAAAUGCUUCGAACAUUUCGAAAAAUCCGGGGUGCAAAAAUAGUCCUCCGCUUAACAUUUUAACUUCUACCAUUUCUAAAAAUGAAAAUGAUGUUUGGAUAUUUCUCCAAAUUAUACUAUGAAGGUACUAAAUUGAUUCAUUUCAAGUUAUAAGUAAUAUGAACACCUUAUGGCAAUGAAUUCACGUACUUCUAGGUGAAUUCCCGAUACCAUUUCUAAUGUCUUUAAGUGAAGGCCUAGUUACCCCUCUGUUGUGACAUAUGAAGUGAUUUUCCUUGAUUGAAUUUUCCAAAAGAUAAAUUAGUUUAGUUUACCUGCACCUUUCAUCGCUAAAUAUUCAUUACUACAUUUGUGCACAAUGGUUACACCACAGACCUAUGAUUACACCCUGCCUUUAUAUCUCAAUGUUAUAGUUUCCACGAGGCCAUUAUUGUUGUUAAUGCAUCAGUAUUAUAAUAUUGUAUAUCCUGGAGAAAUCAUGAUAUUAUAUAAUGUAUAAUAUACGUGUGUUUACUACUUAUAGUUUUCGUUGGAUAUGAACGAAAUCGCUUGUUCUGGUGAUUCUUCAAAAUUUAAGAAUACAAAUGUCUUAAGAAAUACAAAUUAAUUUAUGUUAUACAUUUCAUUUUGGUAUCAAAUUGUGUAAUGAUGUGACCCUAUUCCUGCUCUAAUUCUACUUAACAGAAAUUGACAAA